CACCUUUCUCGGCUUUGGUGUCUAGAAGAUAGUGAGUUUGUUUCUUUUUGACUUUAUUUCCCUUCUCGCAGUGUUCCGGACGUCUUCUCGCCAACAGCAUCACAUCGGCAUCAGACUAGCAGCUAACGUCCAGCACGAUGACCAUGACAGGGUUAUCGUUUUUAGUCGCCAGGUGUUUCCUCGCAGCUUUCUGCCUAUUGGUCGUUAGCGCCGCCCCGGCAGCCGAUCAAGCGCUCGUCCAAUCUGUGAGGUCGACGACGGAGGCCGGCCCAACUACCACGGAGGAACUGGACUUCAAAGACGUGCCCAUCUACGAAAAGGAGAAGUUGCGAAAACCCCCUCCUGGUUCCCGAUAUGUGGCCGUUUGGAAAUGCAACAACAGCAGCGACGCCGAACGACACGUUUCAGCGCCAUCUGACGCACAAGAUCCAAAAGUUCCGCUGGAAACUUUGGCUCAACUCAAACCGGAAUCCUCCGGCGAUGAAGAGCAACUGGCCAGCUCCACCGGAGCAUCGGACAUUUCUCGAACGGAGACGCCCGAUUUACUCGCCAGCGACGUCGAAUCGGCUGCGAUAACAGAGACAAUGGUGGCGGGCGUGACGGGCGAUGAACCGGUGAAGCUGGCGGAUGCACUUACGGCCGUCGAGCUGCAGCAGCAACCUCUGGAAAUGGCGGAGGGAGUCGAAGAAGAUGCCAGAACAACCCAAGAGCCUUCGGCGGCUGUCAGCGCAGACGAGACGGAAAAAGCUGAAGCAGUCGAGUCCAGCGCUAUUCUAGGAAACGGCGACGGACCGACUCCCAUUAAGGCAACUCAACCUGAAUCAGAUAAUGUAAACACAUUUCCAGACAGUGGCGAUGCCGGGGUCAACCCGAUCGAGACCCAUGGCAGCGCCGGGUUAUCGGCGGCAGAAUCUCCAGUCCCAUCCAGCGCGGUCGCGGAUGAGAUCAACAGCAGCCAUCCAGAUCCUUCCAAGAAUUCCAAUCCGGUUGGAGAGUCGCAAGUGGUUGUCGAAAAUGUCGACGUCGUCGCCUCGGUCGCUUUGAACUCGCCCACGGAGUUCUCGGAAUCCGGCGACGGCAUCAUCAGCGAUCCUGUCAAAAAUUACACCGGCUACAAAGUUUAUCGCGUCGUCAUCCCGACCGAGGAGGCGGCUCGUUGGAUUCUGAAAUUCGAAGAUGUUCCAGGAAUUGAAUUCUGGUCCGAUGCUAAAUUGCACCUGCAACCUCGAGGUCUUUUUGUCACUUCGGCUACCGACAUCCUGGUCGCUCCUGAUGUGGCCAGCUACAUGGAAGAGGCCCUGAAGCAAGCCCGUCUCCCAUUCGAGAUCCUUAUCAAUGACGUUGAGGAUGCCAUCAAAAAUGAGAAUCCGGCCGAACCGUUGGAUGUCGUUGAUCUGAUGAAUAAACAUGGCCAUCGACUUACAUGGGAACGAUACCACUCGCUGGACGACAUUUACAGUUACUUGGACUACUUGAAAAUCGAAUUUCCCAAUUUCGUCACCGUCACCGACAUUGGAACUUCGACGGAAGGUCGGCCAAUUAAAGCCGUCCGGCUCCAUCAAAAUGGAGGUCGAACUAACAAGAAGUCAAUCCUCAUUGAUGCCGGUAUUCACGCCCGCGAAUGGAUCACGCCCGCCACCAUUACUUACAUGAUUCGCGAGAUUGUGAUCAACCCGCAAAAGUACGAUUGCAUCAUGAACGAGUUUGAUUGGCUCUUCGUGCCCGUGCUCAAUCCUGACGGUUACGUUUACACGCAUUCGAACAAUCGGAUGUGGCGCAAGACCCGCUCCCGGACGGAUAACAUCGCCUUCCGCCAAUCGGCCGAAGCAUCUCUGAGAGCCGACCGGCUCACCCGCUUCCAGGACGACCCCAUCCUGGACGACGCCAUCCUGGAGAAGCUGAGGUCGGAGGUGGCCAGCACCAAGGCCAGUUUGUCAUGCACGGGGGCGGAUGCCAAUCGCAAUUUCGACCACCACUGGCUGACGGGCGGUUCGUCCAGGAAUCCGUGCUCCGACACGUUCGCCGGAGCCAAGGCCUUCUCCGAGCCGGAAUCCCGAGCCCUGCGCGACUUGGUCCUGGCCAACAAAGAUGACCUGGCCAUAUACAUCUCCCUGCACGCCUACAGUCAAAUGUGGCUCCUUCCUUGGGGACACAAGCAAGAGAAGCCUGAAGACUUUUCUGACCUUUACUCGCUGGCCAAGAUCGGCAGCAAGGCUCUGGAGACGGUCAACGGAGCCAGUUAUUUGAUCGGUUCCAUCCCGGAUCUCCUCUACAUAGCCUCAGGCAGUUCAAUCGAUUGGGUGAAAGGCGCUGCUGGCGUCAAGUACGCCUACACUCUCGAGCUGCGCGAUUCCGGUCGCUACGGCUUCCUCCUGCCGGCCAGGCUGAUCCUUCCUUCCGGUAAAGAAACCUGGGUGGCCCUCCACGCUUCCGCCAUCGAACUAGCCAAAAGAAUUUACGCCGAUCCCGCUUCGUGUCCAGAACUUUCCCCCGAACAAUUCGCUAAUUCUUAAAUUAUUCUGUUCAUUUUUGUUUGUUUGUUUUAGUUUUUGCGGGACCUUGUCAAAAUCUUUUUCUCUGCUUAACAUUUGUGAUUUCAAUCGUCAUUUUUUUUUUUUUUAAUUUAUGUUCGUAACUUGUUAAAACAUAUUUCCUUUUUUUUUGCCGCAUGAAUCAUCCGCAAUUGCGCACUGGGUUUCUUAAUGUUUGGGAAUCUUUUUACCUCCGGGGGAGCGACAUUCAGCGCUCAUUAUUGCCUCAGCUGAUUGGCGAGACAAGUUGAGCUUGAGUGCUUCCAAAAUCGGCCGCGUCUUCUUAAUUGGCUUUUUGAUAUGUGAGAAUGUCUCGCAAUAACUGGGAUACAAAAAAAAGUUUCAUGUGAAAUACAAACUGAGUAUCGUU